CUCUCACUAUAAAUAGGCUGACACAGGGACAGUCUUCAAACCACCUUCACAUUGUUCUCACUAUAAUUUUAGCUUCUCCUGAGAGAUGAACCAGCUUGUCUGCGUUCUAAUGCUGGGCAUCUGCGUGAUGCAGGCCAAUUCAAACCCAUCAAUAUCUGAAGGUCUGGGUCGUCCAUAUCUUAUGGAAUGCUUUGAAGAGGCCAAAACACUGGUGGAUGAUGCUUACAAGUACUCGCGAGAUGAGAGUCUGAGCAGGGUUCGCCGAGAGGUCGUCUCUCCGGCGGACAUCCUGCGCCUCAUGAAGCAGCCGCGUGGAGACUCCCGCUCGGCCGUGCGCUCGGCCGACUACAUGGCCCAGACGCUGCGCCUGCUUCACGACCGCGUCCACCGCGUGCACAAACGCUCGCUCAACGCCACAGAUCUGCUCCCCCGUGAAGACCUGGAGGUUCUUUCAAAGAUCUCUGGAUGUGCAGCCAGGGUCAGCGAUCCGUCCUGUCGCACAAUUCAGAACCUGGACAAGUACAGGACUGCCACCAGUGUCUGCAACAACCUGAUGAGCCCUCGCCUGGGGGCCUCCAACACCCCCUUCAAGCGGUGGCUCCCCGCUCAGUAUGAUGACGAUGUCGCCUUGCCCAUCGGCUGGGAGAGAAACCGCCGCUUCAACAACUUUGUUCUCCCUCUGGUCAGAGACGUUUCCAACCGAAUCCUGGCGUCGAAGGACGAGGGCUUGGUCAGUGAUAGUGAAUACACCCACAUUUUGACCCUGUUCGGCCAGUGGAUCGACCACGACCUCACCUUCACCCCCUUCUCCCCAAGCCUCCGCUCCUUCAGCAACGGCCUCAACUGUGACGAGAGCUGCGAGCGCUCCGAGCCCUGCUUCCCAAUUCAGAUCCCCCCCGGCGACCCCCGUUUGCCAAGUGGCCCAGACAGCUGCAUCCCGGUCUUCCGAUCGGCGCCCGUGUGUGGAACUGGAUAUUCGGAAUACAAUUUUGGCUCUGUGGCGAACAAGCGAGAGCAGAUCAACACCCUGACGGCGUUCCUGGACCUGGGCCAGGUGUACGGCUCGGAGGAGAAGCUGGCGAUGGACCUCCGCAACCUCACGAGCGAUGCAGGCCUCCUGCGCGUCAACGACAAGUACAAGGACAACGGCCGGGAGCUGCUGCCAUUCAGCCCUCUGCAUGCUAACAUGUGCGCUACACGCCGGAGGGUCACAAACGACAGCAAUGCCCAGGAGGUGCCCUGUUUCCUUGGAGGUGAUGUUCGUGUCGAUGAGAACAUUGCCCUGACGUCCCUCCACACCAUGUUCCUGCGAGAACACAACCGUCUGGCGCGUGAACUCAAGAAGCUAAACCCGUGGUGGGACAGUGAGACCCUCUACCAAGAGGCUCGUAAAAUCAUGGGCGCGUACAAUCAGGUGUUUAUUUUCAGGGACUACCUGCCCCACAUCGUGGGUGACGAAGCCAUGUCCAUGAAGCUGGGCCGCUACCCAGGCUACGACCCCAACGUGGACCCAAGGAUCGCCAACGUGUUCUCCACCGCUGCCUACCGCUUCGCCCAUCUGGCCAUCCAGCCCAUGCUAACUCGCCUGGACGAAAACUAUCAGGAGAACGCUAGCAACCCCAAUGUGCCGCUCUUCAAGGCCUUCUUCAGCCCCUGGAGGGUCAUAUUCGAAGGCGGGAUCGACCCCCUGAUCCGUGGUCUGGUGGGCAAUCCUGCCAAACUGGGCACUCAGGAAAACAUGCUGGUAGACGCGGUGCGGGAGAGGCUCUUUCAGUUUGUCGAGCACCUGGCUCUGGACCUGGGGUCGCUCAACAUGCAGAGGGGCCGGGACCACGCCAUCCCACGCUACAACGCGUGGCGUAAGUUCUGUGGGCUGUCCCAGCCCAGCAACCAGGCAGAGCUGGCUGAGGUUCUGAACAACACAGGCCUGGCGACCAGGCUCCUGCAGCUGUAUAGAACACCCAGCAACAUCGACGUGUGGAUGGGAGGAGUGGCAGAACCCUUCGUCAGGGGAGGCCGUGUGGGCCCUCUGUUCUCCUGCCUCAUCGCCAACCAGUUCAAGAACAUCCGCCAGGGAGACAGGUUGUGGUACGAAAAUAUGGGCGUGUUCACCCCGAACCAGAAGAAGGCGCUGAGCACUGCCAACCUGGCCAGGAUCAUCUGCGACAACACAGGCAUCUCCAGGGUCCCCAAGGACCCCUUCAGACUCGUCAACGCUGAAAACAGCCUGGUCCACUGCUCCAGCAUCCCCCGCGUGCGCCUCUCUCCCUGGAGGGAGAGGCCCAGAGAGGGCCCUGAUGAGGCGGGGGCAGGCACCAAUGCAAUUCUUGCAGCCAUUGCAGCUGAGAGGACCAGGCUGACCCAGGCAGAGCAGGACAUCAUGGGCAAGAUGGAGCCAAAGAUGGAAGAGGACAAUGAGCUUCCCCAGCCAUAAGAGGUGAACCUUGCCCUUGAAAGAAAGAACUCUAAUCAAUGCAACCUGUUUACUGUCUUUACCUCCUUGACUUAAUGGUGAAUUCUUGUCGUUCACCAUUCAACAAACUUAUUUUAUUUUCUCAAAGCCGUUCUUCUUUAAAAUGUAAAAUACUGUUGGCUGAUUUAUAAAAAUCACGUCAUCAUUUAGGACCACUGUUACAGUGAAAUAUAGUACACUGAAAUGUUCAACCACAACUCUGACAAUGGAAUUACAAUAUUUACAUAAAGUACUUUUUAAGGGCUGGUAUGACUUUUACCAUGGACAUUUUAGGCCUUGUUUUUGUUUUUAUUUGACUACAUGUAUUUGCACUAAUCCAUUCUGUCUGUUACUCAGUUUUAAUCCGAUCUAUUAUAACACAUCUUGAAAAAAAUGUAACCCGUCUCAUAUGAAACAAACAACUGCUUUGAAUAAAUUCUUCCUCUGUGGUUUUAAUUGUUCAAUCAAGAUGAAGUGUUUAGCAAUAACCUUGAAAUCCUUUAAUAAAAACAGAGGAAAAUUCA